CAUACACCCAGCCAGAAGCGCAAAGGAUACAGAAAUAGUUCCUGUUUCUCUCAGACACAAGCUCCACUGAAGAACAGAAGCCUUCAGCUCCAAAAGCAAUGAGGUUAGCUUUUGUCUUGUCCUUCCUUACAGGAGCCUACUCUGUAAGUGUAUGGGGACCGGAGAAGGUGAUAAGUCACACCAAAGGAAAUGUAACAGUCCAGUGUAAAUAUGACAAAUCUUACACCGACCAUGUCAAAUACUGGUGCAAAGUCAAUAAGCUGAUUCCAUGUUCUAAACUGGUUAGUACCAGUGAAGAUACUCACAGCAGGAUCACUAUCAGAGAUAAUAAAACAGAGGGCGCAUUUUACAUCACUAUGACGGACCUCACCAAGGAUGAUGAGGGGCAAUACUGCUGUGGAAUCGAAAGAUCAUUUGCCUUGGAUGAACAAGCCUUGGUGCAUGUUCAAGUCAAUGAAGAUGAUACCAGACCUGAUCUCCAUGGGCCUGUGAGUGUAACUGGCAUGGCAUCCAACAGUAAAACAAUCACAGCAGGGAAAACAGAAAAGGGGAAUUGGAUUUCAGCAGAAAAACCAAAAGGAUCAAGAAACCCAAAUAAUCGCCCGAUCCCAGGGGAGUUAAAGCCUGCACCAGAAUGCAAUGGGCACAAGGUAGAAAUACACACCAGACUGGUUGACAAUCCAUCCUAUGACUGUUUUUGCAUCCAAGAUCAAAAGACUCCAGGUGGGUGAGCUUGGCACUUCCUUUAUCCUCCCCGUUGCCAUACCAUGGAGGACCCGUGUCUGACGCCGUGUUCCCUUGGACUCUCAAAACUUAUGUUAGAUAAAGAGUAAAUGCUGGCUCCAAACCAUUUACUUUGUUUGUUACUUUGUUGUGACUAUAUACUAAGCUUAUGUAUAACCCACAAGUUUAGACUGAUGCAUGUCCUUAAUAAAACUAAUCAUGUGCUUGUACUAUUCAAUAAUAAGAGGUAGGGACUGCCCCAGCUCUUCAGUUUGGGGUUGUCCACUUUGCUGUGUGUAAGUGCCUGACUCGUUCUGCUGAAAUAAAUCCCAUCUCUCAUA